AGACGCACGAUGAACCCACUGAUACAAGACGCAGCUAGCUAAAGAGCUAUAAAAUGCCCAAAUUUGGAUCUGCAAAAACAGUUCAAGUUGAAAAUUCUGACAGUGAUAGCACCAUGGUGGAAAAACCAGCUGCAAGAAAGAGCAAGGACAAGAUUGCAUCCUACAGCAAAACUCCAAAAGUGGAUAGGAGUGAUGUGGGGAAGGAGAUGAAAGAAAAGUCUUCCAUGAAACGUAAACUUCCUUUUACUAUUAGUCCAUCCAGAAAUGAAGAUCGCAAUUCAGACACAGACAAGGAAGGUCCGGAGAAAAAAAAAAUGAAGAAGGAUGCUGGAAAUAAGAAAUCAACACCAGUUAGCAUUCUUUUUGGUUAUCCUCUGUCAGAGCGCAAACAGAUGGCACUUCUCAUGCAGAUGACAGCAAGAGACAACAGUCCAGAUUCCACCUUAAAUCAUCCCUUACAAACAACACCAACACAAAAGAAAACUCCAACCUCCUCUUCAAGACAAAAAGACAAAGUUAACAAGAGAAAUGAACGAGGGGAAACUCCUCUACAUAUGGCAGCCAUUCGAGGGGAUGUUAAACAGGUUAAGGAGCUGAUCAGUUUAGGUGCAAAUGUGAAUGUGAAAGAUUUCGCAGGUUGGACACCGCUGCAUGAAGCUUGUAAUGUUGGCUACUAUGAUGUUGCAAAAGUCCUGAUAGCAGCGGGAGCCGAUGUGAACACACAGGGCUUGGAUGACGAUACGCCACUUCAUGAUUCUGCGAGCAGUGGGCAUAGAAAUAUUGUGAAGCUGUUGCUUCGACACGGUGGAAAUCCAUUUCAAGCCAAUAAGCAUGGGGAGAGACCUGUUGAUGUUGCUGAAACUGAAGAGUUGGAAAUGCUAUUGAAAAGGGAGGUGCCCAUCUCUGAUGAUGAGGACAGUUGCUCAGAUUCUGAAGAAGCUCCAUCUGUAAAUCCUUCCAGUGUAGAGGGGAAUGUUGAUUCAGAAGCAGAAAAGGACUCUGUAGCCAAUGACAGCAAACAAAUGGUCCCUAGUAAGGCACCACUUCCAUCUGCUCUUGAUGAGUAUGAGUUUAAAGAUGAUGAUGAAGAUGAAAUGAAAAAAAUGAUCGAUGACAAACAUGUCCUUAGAAAAGACCCUAGGAAAGAGGAUGAGACUGAAGCUGAAAAGAACAGCUUAUUUGUGAAACAAGAAAAAGUUAUGUUUUCGAAAUCAUUUAAAAGCAAAAAACAGAAACCAUCUAGAGUUCUGUAUUCAAGUUCUGAAAGUUCAGAUGAAGAAAUACAUCAGGACAAGAAGGUAGUCUCUCCUUGCUCUAUUUCAGAGACGUCAAAUUCUGAUGUAAGAGAGAAGAAAGAAUAUAUGGUUACAAAUGAACACAAGCAAAAAGGCAAAGUUAAAAGGAAAAUGAAAAAUCAGAGCAAAAAUAAAGAGAAUCAAGAACUAAAGCAAGAAAAAGAAAAUGCUAGAGUAACAAAUAUAGCUACUUCUGGGUUAGAUUCUUUAGAUAAAACUAGAGAGGAAGAAACCUUUAAGAAGUCUUUCACCCCAAAAGAAGAGUCUUUACAUCUGUUUCACAUCACUGCUGGCAAAUCUCCGAAGCAUCCCUGUGGAUUAAGUGAAAAGCAGUCCACACCAUUAAAGCAAGAAAACACCAAAACUUGCUUAUCACCAGGAGGUUCUGAAAUAACACUGCAAUCUGAAUUAGUUCGGUAUGAUCACAACACUGAUUCUGAAUAUUUAGUAGAAAGUUCUAGUGGCAAAUCUUGCAAGCACAAAGAGAAAAGCAAGCAUCACCAGAAAGAUUUUCACUUAGAAUUCGGUGAAAAAUCUAGGCCUAAAAUUAAAGAGGAAGAUAAUAGCUCAACAUUUGAGAAUUCAGAGUGUACUCUGAGAAAGAUUGACAAGGAAGGCAAAACACUUAAAAAGCAUAAAUUAAGGCACAAAGAAAGAGAAAAGGACAAGCACAAAAAGGAACAGGAUGGGGAGAAGGAAAAACAUAAACAUAAAGAGGUUCAAAGAAGUAUUGAGUUUGACAGAGAAUUUUGGAAAGAGAACUUUUUCAAAAGUGAUGAAAAUGAAGAUAUGUUGUUAAAUAUAGAACAUGAAUCUCUUUCUUCAGACAGAAAAUCAAAGCUAGAAAAAGCUGUGGCAAAAGAAGAUAAGUUGGUUAAGGAGAGACAGUUCCAGAAAGAGAGAAGUGCUAAAGAGGAGCGAGAGAAAGAGAAGAACAAAAAGGAAAAUGAGAAGUUUCUCAAGGAUGAAAAAAUAAAAGAUACAAAAGAAGAAAAAGAAAUUACACAUGCAGAUAAAGAAAUUGAAUUGUUCUGCUUUGGUGUUAAAGAUGAGGCAGCCAGCAUGCACUUAAUAGAAAAAGAAACAGAUACAGAAAAGCAGGAAAAGUACUUAAAAGAAAAUAAAGAAAAGACUGAAAAGCGAACCUCAGCAAAAGAAAAAGAUGUUGAAAAGAUAGAAAGAAAAAAUGGAGAAAAAGAGAAAAAGAUAAAACUUGAAUACAAGAUGGAGAAAGAAAAAGCAGAAGUAAAUGAAAAUACAGAGAAAGUAAAGGAGAAGCCCAAUUUCCAGCAAGCAGAAAGAUGCCAUAAGGAAAAUGACAAAAUAAAAAACAUGGGAACUCUUAAAAAGCUCGAUGACAAAGAGAGAAAUAAAGAAAAAACUGAUAAAAAGCAUGACAAAGACAAGACUGAUAAAGACAGAUACUGGGCUGAAAGCAAAGAAAAACACUGUACUGAAAGAAAAGUCAAACAGUCUGAGAAAGAGUCUGAAUAUACUAAAUCAGAAAAAAAUAGAACUAAAGACAAAGAAAAGGAACUUGAAAAAAAAGAGAAAUCCAAAGACAAGGAGAUCUCAACAGUAGCAAAUUCAAAACACAUGCAAGAGGAAAGGAGAUGCGGUAUUAUGGAAAGUAAUAAAGCAGUGCAUGAAAAACUGUCAUCUUUGAAAGAAAAAACAAAAGAUGAUUUGUUGAAAACUCUGGAUGGUAGAGAGAAGGAUAAAAAAGAUAAAGAUAUAGACCGAUACAAAGAGAGGGACAAGCAUAAAGAUAAACUGCAUCAAAGUAGUUUACUUAAACUAAAACUCGAACAUGAAAAACUUAAGCCUAAACCAGCUCCUGCACCAAAGGAUGCUCGACCUAAAGAAAAAAGAUUAGUCAACGAUGAUUUAAUGCAAACUAGUUUCGAAAGAAUGCUUAGCCUUAAAGAUCUGGAAAUAGAGCAGUGGCAUAGAAAACAUAAAGAAAAAAUAAAACAGAAAGAGAAGGAACGUUUAAGAAACCGCACUUGUUUAGAACUUAACAAGAUGAAAGAAAAACCAAAACACUUAUUAGCUGAAGUAAAAAGCAAAGAACUGAUUCGUUCAAAAAGCUCAGAGUUGCCAGAUGUUUGUAUGAAGGAAAAACAGCUGAGAGACGCUACAAGUAAUAGAUCGCAAUCGGUAGAUACGAGAAGUGUCAAUGUUACAAAGCCUUCCUUGUUUUUAGAUAAUUUAAAUAGAUCCCCCAAAUCAGAGAGUGAAAAGACAGGUCUGAGCUCCAGAUCAGUGUCUGCGGUUUCAGUUGCAAGUUCUGAGGAUUCUUGCCAUAUCACAGUAACUACUCCAAGGCCUGUAAUGGAAUAUGAUUCAGACUUUAUGCUAGAAAGUUCUGAUUCUCAAAUGUCUUUUUUGCAAUCACCAUUUUUGGCAAGUGCCAAAUCACCAGCCCUUCUUGAAAAAGAGACUGAUGGUCUUGCCGAGUUGCCAGAUCGCAUUAAGCUACCUUUCACAAACAGGCUUCCACCAACAUACGUUAGAUCAGCAUCUGUUGAAGAUGUUAAACUGGUUUUAAAUGAGUGUAGACCUGUUGUAGAGGUUCGAAGAUGCAGCAUGCCGCCUGCUCUUUCUGAACACAGCAAACAGCCUUGCACAUCAGAUGAAAAUAAUCAGAAUGCUCUGCCAUCAGGUCAGACUUCUGCUAGCACUUCUCCUAAACCAGAACUACCAUGUAGCAUGCUUGAAAGAGAUUUUCAAGGUUUGCAGUCAAACUUUACGUCAAGUCCAGCUGGAGCUGCUAGCAACAAGCAGGCAACAACGGGCACAAGUACCGUUAAAAAUAUUGCUCAGAUGAGCCCUUCAGAAGACUAUAGUACACGUUUGGAGCCAUGUAGUCAAAGUGGUGUGACUCAGCAAACCAAACCAUGGGAUGUGCCUUCUGACAGACUUAAUUCAUUGAACAAUGAGUUUAACGGCUCAGGUUGUGGUGUAUCAGAGCAAGAUACUAACACUGUUAUAGCAACGCAUAAUUCUGAAAACAGGACGUUAAAAGAGCAACAAGUACCUGAAUUUUUGCCUCAGCAUGCUGAAAUUAAGGGAAGCUCCAGUUCUCAAGAAUCUGCAUCGUUUUUGCCUUCACAGUCACCUUGUUCUUUACCUAUCCAGCCACACCCAGAUGUGUCUAAACACAUUUCUUUACUAGGCCUCAGCAGUCAAGAUUCAUUAUUUGUACAACAACAAAAUCUAGCUCAAACUACAACUUCUACUUUGGAUACAGAUGCCACUAGUACCAGAGAGCUGGCAAAUGCCAUCUUCCCUUCAGACAUGAAGAAGGGUGACGCACCCAUUGCUAUACAUCCUGAGAGCUCUGUGAAGGAUAUUUCACAGAGCUAUGAAAGGGCAAAUGAUUUACCUAUGGUACCGUUAGAAAAAGAUACUCCUGAAAGUGAUACGAGUUCACAAUUAAAUGUAAAUUCAUACACAUUCAGUAAAGUUGUUUGUAAGAAUGCUCAGAGUGAAGUGGAUAGUAACACAGCAGAUACUUCAGACAUUCGAAACGAAAAAGGCCAACAAGAAAAGUUGGUUUCAGUGCAUGUUGUUGAUAAUAAAGCCAACAUUGAUCUCUGUGAACUAAGUUCAGGAAUGUCAAAGGGAAUUACAAACGAAUCGGCUAAUAAAAAAACCUGCACUGCAGACAGAGAAAGUGCGUUGACAGAUGAUCCACCACGAUAUUCCUCUUUAUCUAAUUUGGAAAAUAGUUCACAGCAGAUUACACAGGAAGAGGUGCAUAAAUACAGCCAAACAGUUAAACUAGAAGAAGAAAAUCCUGAGGAUCAGAAGGUGGGGCAGCAAGAAGUACCCCAAAGAAUCACGAGGAACAGAGCAAAUAUGCUUGCUAACCAGGGUAAGCAGAAUCCUCUUGGCUGCACGCAGACAUCAGAAAAAGAGUCUGAAUCGUCAGCGUCUAUGAAAGCAAGGAUUAGAUUAACUGAAGAGGAUGAUGCUCAGGUACAUCAUCCACGUAAAAGAAAGGUGUCGCGUGUGCCUCAGCCUGUGCAAGUGAACCCUUCUUUGCUGCAGGCUAAGGAGAAAACCCAGCAGUCACUGGCAGCUAUCGUUGAUUCUUUGAAACUUGAAGAGAUCCAGCCAUACAGUUCUGAGAGAGCAAACCCAUAUUUUGAAUACUUGCACAUAAGAAAAAAAAUAGAAGAGAAGCGUAAACUACUGUGCAGUGUUAUUCCUCAGGCACCUCAAUAUUAUGAUGAAUAUGUGACCUUUAAUGGCUCAUACCUACUGGAUGGCAAUCCCUUGAGCAAGAUAUGCAUCCCAACU